GCGGGCGGCGCCGCGGAGGCCGCCGGGCGGGGCGAGGAGUGCGGCGCCGCCGUGGCCCGCGGCGCCCGCCGCGGGGAGGCCCCCUCGCAGUCCGAGGUCGACGUGGUCCUGGCGUGCGGCCUGGUGUGGAUGUCCCCCGCCUCCGCCGCGGCCGCCGCGCGCGCCAACGCGCGGGCCCCGCUGGAGGUCCGGUGCGCCCGCAGCUGGCCUGGGGCGGGAGCCGAGCCGCCCGGCGGCGCGGCGUGGUCGCCCACCGGCGAGGAGGCGGCAUGCAGCUGGGCGGUGGCCAAAUGCCCCUCGGAGGAUCCGUCCCCACGCUGCGACAAACGCCCCCUGUGGCGGGGACUCGCGCAGCGGCGGUUUUACCGGUGCAUGGCGGGGAGCGGCGGCCACUCGGUGCCUGGUGCCGUCGCGGUUCUGUCGAUGCCUGCCGUCGCAGUCUUCGACGCAUGA